AUUUUGUACGAAUUUUGAACUUUUGAAUGAUUCAACUAAAAAAGAACUCGCUCGAUUUGAGAAUUGUGGAUAUAGAAUUUUAAAUGCACUUGAAAAACAAAUAAUAGCAUACUUGAUUUCUGUGCUCCCUGGUGCUUUUGUGGA